AUCUGGUUGCAAAGACAGCACUGCUAGCUUCGAUGACCAUUCUGAGGCACCUUUUGAAUGUGAACAGCCCACAGUCAACGUUCAAGAGUUGGGUGAUUUGGUGACGAGGGGUGUUCGCUAUCUUGCUGGAAAAGUUGACCGAAAUUUCCGGUUCAUCGGUGAGCUGAAARAAGAAGUGAAGAAUCUGAGGAAGGAGCAGAGUAAUGCGUUUACAAGACUCUGCAAUGCCCUGUCUAGCAUUUCUGUUUUCGCCAUUGAGCAGCACAGUCAUCGCCUCCCACAUCGUGUUUACAUCACGGAGAGGAAACAUGGCCUUUGCCAGAAGCUGAGUUUUCUGAUUGGCUUGAAGCCAGUGGAGCUGCAUCUCAUGUGCGAAUCCAAAGACCGCUGCCAUGUUGUAGAUGGCCAGGAGGGGAAGAGGUUGUGUUUGCAGAACGAGGAGAGGCGCCAUGUGUGGACUCUCUUCAAGUUGACAAUUCUUACUAUGGCUGUGCUGCUGAAAACCGGCUGUGCAAUUUCUAUGGGCAUCCAUCAGCUUGUGCCAGACUUGGGCGAUUUGGCGAACUGGACAAGCUUUGUGAUUGGAACAGUGGGGAACGCUGGUCUGGAAUUUCUGGACCUGGAAGACCUUGAGCGGAGAAUGAAUAAUGUUGGAAAGGAUAUGUUCAAGGAUGAUGGUCCGGAAGAUGGUGUGAAGCGUCAGGCAGCGAUGGACUGGCUGGAGGGAAUCCUGGAAGGUGGGGCAAGCGAGGUACGGGAAAGAUUUGGCCUCACGAGAGUGAAGUACAGAGACACAGGCUCAGUAGCCUGGAUAUGUAGCUCCUGUCUCAAGAACAGCCAACUGUUUGUGGAGGUAUUUUAGGUGCAGCUAUGCGACUAAACUGGCGCAUGAGCCAUGUACUCAAGAAGAGCCAGCUGUUUAUGCAGCUCYUGUCUCAAGAAGAUCCAGUGCUCGAUCAGUGGAUAGAAAUCAUAGAUUCUGAAUAGGUGGUCAUGCCUGCAGGUAGAGAGGCCAGCCAGCACUAAGAACAUUUACUGUUGUUGCUGUAUUCAUUACUAGGACCUGCAGAGAGGGUUUUUCAUCAUCGAAAAGACUUCACCUUUGACUACUCUUAGCCAGAUUUGAGCAUUGCUUUGCGGUUUCUGCUACUAGUCUGGUCACCAUAUGCAUGCUGGUUAAGAGGGUUCAUCGAGCUUGUGACUUUUCUUUGUACAGUCGCCUUGCAGUUUGGCGCUGCGCUCAUUUCCUAUGAGAGGCCACCUAGCGGUGCGAGCAGUUGUGGUGUGCGGAACACCRUGGAGUAGCAGUCUGGUUGACCACUUGCCAUAGAGCUCUUCUGCUGAGAGUGUAGAGGAGGAAGGGUGGUUGAGAGUCUAKGGGAGGAAGGGUGGAGGAGGAUGUAUAAUGCGAGCAAUAUAAUAGGCAAUCUAUGGUCAUUGUCGCUCUUGAAGUUGUGGUGGUACUUGCCAAUAUCACUCCAUUUUUGUGAAUUGGCUCGUACUACCUCCGCGUUGACAGAUGACGAGUUGUAUCAGGUGAUAGUCCGCGAGCACAAAUAGUUAUUCGUAACUGUAUMUUACCUCUCUGAUUCUCUUCUCAGCAUGAGGUGACCGAACUGUUUAAGAGUCGUUUUGAUUGGGAGGUGCGAGCGGUUUUCUACCUUGAGAGUCAUGUCAGUUGUGAUGGUUUCGGUGGGAGAUGGGCUGGAAGGUGGAGCACGUGAUGUGGGAGUGGUACCGACAUGCAUGAGGUAAAACACACCAGCAGCUGAAGGAUGCACAUCAUCC